AUUCGUUCCUCCCUCCCAGCUGUUCCAGCUCUCAUAAAAGCACAGCACUGCUUCAACUUCCCAGCCUCUUAUAAGCAGCUUAUAGGAAGCUUCAUUCUACCCACUGCUGCAAAGGAGCCUAAGAACUACCCAGAGGGACAAGGGCAAGAUCAUGAAGACAUUGCUCAUUGUCACACUUCUGGCUGCAUUAGCAGUGAUAGCCCUGUGCUAUGAGUCCCAUGAGAGCAUGGAAUCUUAUGAAAUGAAUCCUUUCAUUAACAGGAGAAAAGCCAACAAUUUUAUGUCACCUCAGCAAAGGUGGAGGGCUAAAUUUCAAGAGAGGACCAGAGAACGCACCAAGCCUACCCAUGAACUCCAACGAGAAGCAUGUGAUGAUUAUACUUUAUGUUCACGCUAUGCCUAUAUUCAUGGAUACAGUGCUGCCUAUAACCGUUAUUUCAGGCAUCAAAGAAAUAACUGAGUCUGGGAUUUUGGAGUCUCCCUUUCCAGAGCCUGGAGCCUGGAUUUAUAUGCAAAUAUGAUAGUAAACAUCAUUAAAACAUAUUGAUCACUUGUUAUCUGCAUGUUCCUUCAUUUCCUACUUUUGUCUUCCUCAUCAAAAGAUUUAUUAGAUUCUCCUUUACAUCUUUCAGUAACAGUGUAGUGGAGAUCAGAGGGGAACUGGGAUUUAUGCUUAUUGCGAAAUAAACUUUUGGUUUGAUACCUUUA